CGCACGAGGGGGACAAAAAAUCCUCACCACACCGCACCGCACCGCACCGCUGCCAAAUCUAGGGUUCGCCAUGGCCGACCCGCCGGCUCCGGAUGCGCAGCCGGAGCAGCCGCCCGCCGCCGCCGCCGCUCCCGCUGCUGCUCCCGCUGCUGCUCCCGCUGCCGAUGCCGCCGCGGACGCCGCCCCGGUUGAGAAGCCCCCGGCACCGCUCACGCCGGAGCCGGACGCCGCUGCGGGGGCGGGUGAGUUGGAGGAGGACGAGGAGUACGUGAGCGACCCCGACGAGGCGCCGCUACCGACGAUGAGGCGCCGGGAGGCCAGCGACGACGAGGGGUCCGAGGACGGGAGGCCCAGGGCGCGGAUCGGGCCAGACCAGGACGACGACGGGCAGGGGGCGCCCGAGGCGUACGACGACGAGGUGGAAGAGGAGGACGAGGAGUACUACGACGAGGAAGAGGAGGAGGUGGGAGAGGGGUUCGAGGAGUACGAAGGGCGCGCGGCACCGCCCAUGGAGGAUGGCGGCGGCGGCGGGCAUGAGUCACGCGGGGAGGAUGGCGUGGCUGGGGAGGAGGGACUUGCGGAGGGGGAGGCCAAGGGCGAGGGGGAGGGGGAGGAGCAGGAGCCGUUCGCAGUGCCCACUUCCGGUGCCUUCUACAUGCAUGAUGACCGGUUUCAGGAGGAGAACCGUGGCCGGCGCAGACGAAUGUUUGGUGGGAGGAAGUUAUGGGAUGCUAAAGAUGAUCAAGCUUGGGUGCACGACAGAUUUGAGGAGAUGAACUUGCAAGAUGAUCGCUAUGAAGAUCAGCGAAUGUCAAGAGGUCGUUUUAGAGGUCGUGGUGGUCGAGGUAAAGCAAGAGGUGGUGGUCGUGGUUUCCCUAGAGGUGGAAAGACCCGCAAUUUCCAUGAAGAUGGCAACACCCAAAACCGCCCCCCAAAGGUAGUUAGAGGGAGAGGUCCUCGACGCUAUGAAGCUGUUGCAAGGAACAGCAGAGAGGUUGUUGGAUCCCAACGAAAACAAGCAGCAAGAUUUCGAGAACCUGCUCCAAAUGCUUCAGCAGCCAGAGAUUCUGGUCAAGUUUCACACGCAAAGCCAGAGGCUGCCCCUCCUAAAAAGAAUGUCAUCAAUUCAAGCCUGAAUUCCGCAUCACCACCAUUUUAUCCCUCUGGUGCAUCCAAUCAAGAUUUUCCUGUACCAGCUCAAAGGAGGGACACACAAACAGGAAGUUCCAAUAAGGUCCUUCCUUCUUCCAUGAAGAUGGAUGAUAACUCAAAGCUACAAUCUGGUCCAAUGGUCAGAGGGAGAACAGCUAUGGAUUAUGGUGGACGUGAGAGGUUUCAUGCUGAUGGUCCUGUUAGGUCAUCACCUGGAAGAGCGCCAACGGCAUCAUUGAAUUCCGGAUUCACAUCAUCAUCAGCUAGUCCUGGCCAAUCACCUAUUGUCAGGGCUUCAGGGGGCAAUUCAAACGCCGGAAUUUCUUCAAAUAAUCAGACCACUUCAUCACUUCACCAAAUGCCAAGGAUUUCUACUCACAUGCAAAGUCAUGCACCAGUGAUGCACCCGAAAUCAGGUCAAAUGCCAAAUCAAUCUGCAGCGAGGGUCCCACCUCAGCCAUUGAAUAAUCGGAUUAGCAAUUCAUCACCAGCUGCUCAGCAUCUACCUGUUAAAUCAACAGAAAGUGCUGAGAAUGGUUCAUACCCUGGUCAAAACAAUUUGAAGGCACCUUCUGCUGUGGUAAAAGCCAAUAAUCAGGAAACCGGGAUGGGUUCAUUUAUGUAUGGUGGCACCCAAGUUAUUGGGGCUGCUGGUCUUUCCCAGGGCGAUCAAAACUUUCCAGGAACUCCAGCUCUGCUGCCAGUGAUGCAAUUUGGGGGUCAGCAUCCUGGUGGUCUUGGAGUUCCUACUGUUGGUAUGGCCCUCCCUGGCUAUGUAGCUCAGCAGCAGAUGGGGAUGGGAAACAAUGAAAUGGCAUGGUUGCCAUUAUUGGCUGGCGCUGCUGGUGCUUUUGGGGGAUCAUAUCCACCUUAUAUUGCCCUUGAUCCUAGUUUUUACUCCAGACCGUCAGCACAGACAUCAUCGUCAGUUCCAUCCAGGGAAUCUAGUGCUAAUAGAGGGUCUAAAUCUCCUCCUCGAAACGAUAUUGGGAAUGAGGAGCUUGAUCAGCGCCAGAACAAGCCUAGGAGAUACUCAGAGAUGAACUUCAGUCAGUGAUGCACCUUGUAAGGCCCUAUUUAGGCCCUUUGUGAUCUCCAGUUUUGAUCUGGAGCACUUUGGGUGGCUUUGGUAUCGUAAAUUAUGUUAGGUCUUAUGCCUGUUCAUGCUGGAGUUAUCUGAUGGGGUCACUUCACAGCAGAGCAGGGGUGUCAUUCGUUUCUUGAACUGUAGUAAGCAGUUCCCUCCCAUGAUCCCUACUACUCCUAAUUGUGAUUUCAGUUUUGGCAGCAGUGCAACUGAUGGCAUCAUGAAAUUUUAGGUGUGGCUCGGUUGUGAUGCAUCUGGAAAUGUCAUAUUCGUUAGCUAGUUCUGAAGAUGUGGGCGGUUGUCGAAGAGAGCUUGAAAUAAGGAUUUGCGUUGCUUGAUAAAGUUGAGUUUUUUAAAAGUACAUCUUGUUAGUGGCUCCCAUGGGUGUCAGUCUACUCUGAUGUACUGGUCCUCGUAUAGUGGUUGCAAAGACCGAGUUUUAUUGCCGCAGUUUGUAUCAUUUGGAAUAUGUUGAAUUGUGGGUGCGGUUUGCAACUAUUUUCAGCUCGAAUGAGUAUCUCCAGUUA